AUGGAAGUGAGCAAGGACGGAAGGAGUGUGGCGUGUGGAGAAGGAGGAUCUGCGUCGGCUGCCCUGAUUAAACUUCGUGCUCGCUUCGUUAUAUCAGGCUAUAAAUAUUUUGCCUACGUCAUAGGAUGUUUGCGCUCAUUUACCGGUUUCAAUGCUUCAGGUCGGCCGCGGCCGUGGCCAUCACUCAUCGUAUUCAGUCGUUGCAGUUGCUAUAGCAGAGUCUCUGCCGAUCGUCAUCGCACCGCGCACAGUACUUCCACAGGCCAAUGGGCACCGAUCUGCGACGUCGCCAUGUCGCCGCGCGCCAGCGAUAGCGCAUCGCCGUCUCCGUCCACCACUGAUGAGUGUAUCUCGGACAGAGAGCAUACUUUUCCGAGUACCCGUGAUACUCUUCUACGCCUUCUGGUUUCUCUUUUGGUAUUUUGGUGUUGCGGAAAAACCCAAAACGCCAUCGCUGCCGUGCGUUACGUGAAGCGGCACGGUCAUACGGUAGCGCAGGAAAUAAUCGAGAAUUCACGUGAAUUUGAUGACUUGAUCCACAUGCUUGAUGUGGAGUUCACUCGACCGCCAGCAUUUUUGCUGCUGAACCAGUACGCUCCUGAAUAUGACCUACAACUUCCUCUGUAA